GGGCAGAGCCUCAAUCCACCUGCUGGCUCUCACUCCGGUUGCCUGGAGAUCACAAACAGCCUGACCUCGAGAUGUGUGGCUGCAGAACCAGUGCUCCCAGUACCAAGCAGUACUCGGUCACUCAGGCACCUCCUGCCUCCACCAGACAAGGCCCUCCAGCUGCUGCAGGCAUGCCCAAGGGUGUACCCAUAGCCAAGCAGCUGGCAUCAAUAACAGCUCUAAGAAAAGGCUCAGACCUUGAAAAGGCUUUUGCUACAGCAGCUUUGGUGUAUAACAACUAUGCUGACCCUGAGGGCAAGCUCAGCAAAGCUGACACCAAGAGCUUACUGCAGUCCCAGUUUUGGCAUUUCAUACAGGGCCAAGAAAACAAACCAAAAUACCAGGAAAUAAUUUCUUCCUUGGAUGAGGAGUCAGAGAACAAAAUUAAUUUUGAAGAUUUCAUGAUCUUGUUAGUCAGUCUCACUCUAAUGUCUGACCUGCUGCAGGAGAUCAAAAAUGUGAAAACCACAAAGUGAUCUGUGAUUUUAAAGAAGAAUGGCUUGGCACCAUAUGAGGAAAGCAUGAGUGAGCUACACACAGAGCCACCACUGUGUGCCUGGAUACCCUGUGCUUGAAAUAAAGUUGUGUCCAAACCUGGUUGAACUUA